CGUAGUUAGGUAUCGAAGAAGUUACAUCAAUACAUCAGUGCCGGAAUAGUUAACGGCCCCGCCAUGACACGAAGAAAGGGUCUCGAACAAUUCGAUGGAUUUCAUUCUACCACAGGAUUGCGACAAUUGGGCGAGAUUAGAUAGCAUUGUUAGCAUUUACCUACUGCUGUCAUAAUUAUCCACUUUUUAGUCCUUGUCUCCAUUUCCUUCCCUAACUCAUCUCUCCACUCCGUUUAAUGAUCAUAGCUAAAAACGAACUAAUAAUCCCACCCUCCUCCUGAUCCCCUCCUCCCUUCCCUUACCAUCGCUUCGUUUCACACCCCAUGGGAGAAUCCGAAUCCGCCUCCUCGGCCGAGUCUCCUCCCGCGGCCAUCGGGGCUGUCUCCGUACCCUCGUGUAGCUAUGUGCUCCCCGUCACCGAGGAGACUCAAUCUCGGAUUUCCGCAUCCGGAAACCAGACACAGCCGGAGAACGCCCAGCAGCGGAGGAGUAUCGGCCGGCGAUUGUACGACAUCGUGACAUGGACGCCGCCGCGGUGUAGGUGGGAUCCCAAGAAGCCACCGGAGUUCAGUCUCACCCUGAACUUGCUCUUUGGGUUCGCGGCUACGUUUACGGUCGCAAACCUCUACUACAGCCAUCCCAUCCUGGGCGUCCUCGCGGACGCUUUUGAUGUAAGCUAUGAACGAGUCUCGGUUAUCCCGACGGUCAUGCAGGGCGGAUAUGCCGCAGGACUCGUCUUUCUUUGUCCGCUGGGCGAUCUGGUCAAGCGUAGACCCUUCGUGUUGUUCCUAGCAUGGUUCACGUCUACUGUCUGGCUGGGAUUGUGCUUGACAAAUAGUUUCGGGGCGUUUGUCGCGUUGAGUUUCAUCACGAGUGUGACCACUGUUACGCCGCAAAUCAUGCUCCCUCUAGUCGGAGAUCUCGCGCCUCCGCAUCGGCGAGCAACUGCAUUAUCAAUCGUGGUUUCAGGACUACUAUUAGGGCUUCUUAUUGCAAGGGUACUCUCCGGUAUAAUCGCCAAGUAUUCUUCCUGGCGCAAUGUAUACUGGCUCUCGUUUGGGUUGCAGUAUUUCAUCGUCAUCCUCCUGUGGCUCUUCAUGCCGGAUUACCCUCCCACCAACAGAAAUAUCCACUAUGGUGAAAUCCUGUGGACCAUUGUCCAGCUUGUUUUCAAGUAUCCGGUUCUCUUCCAAGCCUGUCUGAUCGGCUUCUUUGCCGCAGCUACCUUCACCGGUUUUUGGACCACUCUCACUUUCCUCCUGUCCGAAGCACCGUACCAUUAUUCCACCGUCAUUAUUGGACUCUUCGCUGUCGCCGGUAUAAUACCCAUGUGCUUUGGUCCUUUGUACUCGCGCUUUGUGACGGACCGCUUCGUACCGCUGCUUUCCGUAUUGAUCGGACAGUCGAUUUCCAUGACAGCCAUCGUGAUCGGGACAUAUACGGGGGAAAUAACCGUAGCGGGCCCAAUCAUCCAGGCAUUGUUACUAGAUUUUGGACAGCAGACCCUGCAGAUCGCCAAUAGGACCGCUAUUUAUGAAGUUGCACCCAAGGCCCGCAAUCGUGUCAAUACCGCCUAUAUGUUGGCUGUCUUCUGCGGCCAAAUGAUGGGAACUGCAGUGGGGAGCGAUCUAUAUGCGAAGGGUGGAUGGGUCCGCUCAGGGAGUGCCAGCGUCGGGUUCAUGGGUGCUGCAAUAGUGAUUGCUUUGCUGAGAGGGCCGUGGGAGACGGGCUGGAUAGGAUGGAGAGGUGGCUGCAGGUUGCGGAGACAGAGGGGACCGCCAGAGAAGUCUGAGAAACAGCAACAGCAACAGGAACAGCCGCAGCAGCAGCAACCUGCUGCGGACGAAGAGGCCGUUAGGUUGGAGACAGAGACGAAGCAGGUGCAGGGCACGGGUGUAUCUGUUCCUGACGCCGAGAAGGCCGGUGAGCAUAGAAGCUGAGAGUCAAAUGAAAUUAGGAGUUAACGAGGAAAUAAUAAUGGGACUGUGAUUCUAAAGCAUAUAGAGAUAGGCUGGCUAUACUUGAUUUGAAAAUGCACAUAGAGAUGCAAAAAUAACAGGAUUCAA